GUCCAUGUCAAUGUAUGUUAGUGGAAUGACAUAUAUCUACGUGGCAGAUCCAUACCCUCGAAGAAUGCUACUACUGGAUUAUCUCUUCUCUCUCUAAUCAACAUAACAGACACAUCUUUUCUGUGUUUCCUAAACCAAUCAAACAGGAACUUCUGCUGCUGAAUAUUGAAGUUGAGUUCAAAAGAAGCAAGAAAAUGAAACCAACAAAGACUGGUCUAGAAUUCAUGUUGAUGAAUUAUUCUAGUGAAUUUCAUAAGAGAAAUUUGAGAAAUGAGUCAAGUGCAGGUGCAAAUGCAGCUUUUAAGGCAAACACAACAGUUUCUACCGCUGAUCCUUUAUCUGAAAUAGUUUGGUCUCCGGAUAAAGGUUUUGGUCUAAAAUGUGUUGAUUCGAGUUUUAAGAACAAAAAUACAUCGCUUUUCCGCGAUGUUGAGCCUAGUAGUAUGGUUCUUGCUCUACUACAGAGUGUUGCUUGUGGAAAUUCUAUCAAUGAUGAUAAGCCUACAGAUAAUGCUUUUGUUCAACCUCUUACUGGAGUAUGUGUCGAGAGUGAUGUUUCUUCGACAAAUAUUCCUAUAAGGCCUCCGACGAGUGAUUCAGUUGUCAUCAUUCCAGAAUGUAAACCAUAUGAUGAUCAUGAUACAGGUCAUUUCGACAGAAGGCCUCAAGACAACGAAUCUAAACCUAGCUUCGAACGAAGUCAUUCACCAACGAAACAUUGCAAAGAAGGCAUGUACACUUUUGUUGACAACAAGGUGGAUGAAUUAGAGGAUGACUCAUAUACUAGAGUCGAACAUGUGAUCGAAGAAAAAUGUUCUGCUGCUCUAGGAACAUAUAUAAUAUCAUCUUUCAACUGCGAAGCAGCUACUUCUGCAGUAACAAGCAGAGUUCUUGUUUCAAAAUCCGUCCAGAAUAAAAACAAAUCCAAGGUCAAUGAAAUGAUGCUGCCAUACAACAAGAACGGCAUUCAUAGCGAAAACUAUCAUAGUAAGGAGUUGUUUUUGGAAAGUAGGAAGAGAUGUAAACAAGAAGUGAUAAUUGAGAGUAAGAAAGUCAAAAUGCAAAUUCAAGAAACUUCAUCAUAUUCUAAAUCUCAUGUUGAAAGGGAUAGCUCAUUCAUGAACUUGAUUUCAAACAUGAUGAAAGGAUACUCACAACAAUCUAGUCAGGAUGACGUGAAAUCUUCGGCUCUUGCUCAGAUUAGGCCUAUAAAUUUUGUCAACAGUCAAGGACACUGGAAAAAUAACUGCAAGGUUGAAGAGACUAGAGAACAAUUUAGUGAUAACCAAUUAUUCAUCGAGACUAAAAACCUGCAUAAUUGUUGUAUCAACAAAGAGGCUUCUUCCACUGUUCUAAAGGAUGAGAAGGGAAAUAGUGAUCACAUAUCAAAGCAUAAUGUCGAUCAUGUUACGCCUUUUUCAAGAUUCAGAGAUUCAGAGCCAAUGGUUUCCAUGUUUGCCAAAAGGUUAGGUGCCAUCAAACAAUGCCAACAAACAGAAUAAUCUACCACACACACAGGAAACAUCAUGGAACAUUCAACUCAUAUACCGUUAGCGCUGUUAUUCCAACUCGAGAUCUGACAGAAAAGUUCAAAACUGAAAGGUUUUUGGACAACAUAAAUAUCAGUAAAACCAUGAGUUUUUUCUAUCUGUAAUAUACAAUUUUGUAUUUUUUUUUGCAUUCUUGAAGUGUAUAUGAAAGACACCUUAUAUCUGUAAUAGACAAAAGUGAUUCAAUUUAUCUAAAACUAUUGUAUAACUUUAGUUAAUCACACAAACUUUGUACGAGGUGACUGUUUCAGGCCAUAUAAGUAGUGCUUUUGCAAUUUUCAUACUAAACUAUCUCUCCUGAGCAACAAACUUUGGAGUUGAAUUUCUAGAAUAAGUAGCAGCAGUCUAGAAAAGCCUAAAACACACAUUUAACAACUUUUACAUAUAAUAUAUCGCAAUCAUGAGAGAGAUUGUGAACAAAAACACGUAGAGUUAAACACGCGAAGAAGGACAACAAACGAGGGGUCCUUAAGAAACAAGAGUAGGUGUGGAACCUCACUAUAUAAUACUAAUGAUGACAUACAGUUUAUCAAAUAACAAGAAGUGAGAAAUGAUUCAGAUAUUGUUCCAGUUGUCUUUCCUAUACAUCGAUAUUAUAAG